AUGUCGAACCCUCGCUUCCUCGAACGCGAGGUCCAGGGGCAGGUAGCCCUUCGGUCAGUUAACCCAAGCGUCUACGAGAGGAUCCUGCACACUUUCAACCUCAUGAGUCGGCUGGUCUAUGUCCUCGAGCGUAUCAUGGCCAACUCCACUCCGCACAUGAUUUCCAACGUCGAUGUUGUCUCUCGCCGCAAGGGAAGGGUGACAGCACAGCCUUGGACCGAUCGCUCGCUUGACAUCGAGUUUCCUGCUCCUGGUGGUCAAGAGUAUCUCAACCUACACUUCUCGGACAACAUCUCUGAUGUCAUUACACAUCAUCAGGUCGCCAAUAUAGUCGCUGACUUAACCGAUCUGAUGUCGUUCAUCAACCCGAAUAUUUGGCAACACCUCAGCGAUGUUGACCGGCACAGGGUGAUCCUCUUGGCCAUACCGCAGUCUCUGAUCGACGAAGUUGGGCUAGACGGGCCGGGCGCUUUGACUCUCUCUGCCAAAGCAGCUCCUAGGAACAGGCCAAGGCGUAGAGGUCUUCCUUAA